GCGCCGCGGGGAUCCCGGGGCUGCCGAGGGCCCCUGACGAAUUAUACUCACCCUGGGAACAUGGACCGGAUGGCUAGCUCCAUGAAGCAGGUACCCAACCCGCUGCCAAAAGUGUUGAGCCGGCGUGGGGUUGGUGCUGGGAUGGAGGCUGCAGAGCGCGAGAGCUUCGAGAGGACUCAGGGCUUGCUAUACCAGACUGUCAGCGUCAAUAAGGCCAUUAAUACGCAGGAAGUGGCCGUGAAGGAAAAACAUGCCAGGACGUGCAUCCUGGGCACCCACCAUGAGAAAGGGGCGCAGACAUUUUGGUCUGUGGUCAACCGACUGCCUCUGUCCAGCAAUGCCAUGCUAUGCUGGAAGUUCUGCCACGUCUUCCACAAACUCCUCCGAGACGGACAUCCAAACGUGCUAAAAGACUCUCUGAGAUACAAAAAUGAAUUAAGCGACAUGAGCAGGAUGUGGGGCCACCUGAGUGAGGGGUAUGGACAGCUGUGCAGCAUCUACCUCAACCUGCUGAGAACAAGGAUGGAGUACCACACCAAAAAUCCCAGGUUCCCGGGCAACCUCCAGAUGAGUGACCGACAGCUGGAUGAGGCUGGAGAAAGUGAUGUUAACAAUUUUUUUCAGCUCACAGUGGAGAUGUUUGAUUACCUGGAGUGCGAACUGAACCUCUUCCAGACUGUGUUCAACUCCUUGGACAUGUCCCGCUCAGUAUCAGUGACAACAGCUGGGCAGUGCCGCCUCGCUCCACUGAUCCAGGUCAUCCUGGACUGCAGUCACCUCUAUGACUACACUGUCAAGCUGCUCUUCAAGCUUCACUCCUGUCUUCCAGCUGACACCCUGCAGGGCCACCGAGACCGCUUCAUGGAGCAGUUCACAAAGUUGAAAGAUCUGUUCCAGCGCUCCAGCAACCUACAGUACUUCAAGCGGCUCAUUCAGAUCCCCCAGCUGCCUGAGAAUCCACCCAACUUCCUCCGAGCCUCAGCCCUGUCAGAGCACAUCAGUCCUGUGGUGGUGAUCCCAGCAGAGGUGUCGUCACCAGACAGUGAGCCGGUCCUGGAGAAGGAUGACCUCAUGGACAUGGAUGCUGCCCAGCAGAAUUUGUUUGACAACAAGUUUGAUGACAUCUUCGGCAGCUCGUUGAGCAGUGACCCCUUCAAUUUCAACAAUCAAAAUGGUGUGAACAAGGAUGAGAAGGACCACUUGAUUGAACGGCUGUACAGAGAGAUCAGUGGACUGACAGGACAGCUGGACAGCGUGAAGAUGGAGAGCCAGCGGGCCAUGCUACAGCUGAAGGGCCGUGUGAGUGAGUUGGAGGCAGAGCUGGCGGAACAACAGCACCUGGGACGACAGGCUACCGAUGACUGCGAGUUCCUGCGCACAGAGCUGGAUGAGCUGAAGAGGCAGCGAGAGGACACGGAGAAGGCACAGCGCAGCCUGACUGAGAUAGAGAGAAAGGCCCAGGCCAACGAACAGCGGUAUAGCAAGCUUAAAGAGAAGUACAGUGAGCUGGUUCAGAACCAUGCUGACCUGCUGCGGAAGAAUGCAGAGGUCACCAAACAGGUGUCCGUGGCCAGGCAAGCCCAGGUGGAUUUGGAAAGAGAGAAAAAAGAACUAGAAGAUUCCUUUGCACGUGUAAGUGACCAGGCCCAGCGGAAGACUCAAGAGCAACAGGAUGUUCUAGAAAACCUGAAGCACGAACUAGCCAGCAGCAGACAAGAGCUGCAGGUCCUCCACAGCAGCCUGGAAACCUCUGCCCAGUCUGAAGCGAAGUGGCUGACACAGAUCGCUGAACUGGAGAAGGAACAGGGCAGCCUGGUAACUGCUGCAGCUCAGAGAGAGGAAGAGUUCUCAGCCCUCCGAGACCAGCUGGAAAGCACGAAGAUCAAACUGGCCAGUGCCCAGGAAUCCAUGUGCCAACAGGUAAAGGACCAGAGGAAAAUACUCUUGGCAGGGUCCAGGAAGGCUGCGGAGCGUGAGAUACAGGAGGCACUGAGCCAGCUUGAAGAGCCUGCUCUCAUCAGCUGUGCAGGGUCCACAGAUCACCUUCUCUCCAAAGUCAAGGCUGUUUCCAGCUGCCUUGAGCAACUGGAAAAGAGCUGCAGCCAGUAUCUGGCCUGUCCAGAAGAUAUCAGUGAGCUUCUACACUCAAUAACCCUGCUUGCCAACUUGACCAGUGACACCAUCAUUCAGGGGAGUGCCACCAGCCUCCGGGCCCCACCAGAGCCAGCUGACUCUCUGACAGAGGCCUGUAGGCAGUAUGGCAAGGAAACCCUAGCCUAUCUGUUCUCCCUGGAGGAAGAGGAAGCCAUGGAGAAAGCUGACAGCACAGCCAUGAAGAACUGCCUCCGCAAGAUUGAGGCCAUUGGUGAGGAACUGCUGCCAAGAGGUCUAGACAUAAAACAAGAAGAGCUGGGUGACCUUGUGGACAAGGAGAUGGCUGCCACUUCAGCUGCCAUUGAAGCUGCCACCAACCGGAUAGAGGAAAUACUCAGUAAAUCCCGAGCAGGAGACACAGGAGUCAAGUUGGAGGUGAACGAAAGGAUCCUUGGUUCCUGUACUAGCCUGAUGCAAGCCAUCAAGGUCCUCGUUGUGACCUCCAAGGACCUCCAGAAGGAGAUUGUGGAAAGCGGCAGGGGUACCGCAUCCCAUAAAGAAUUUUAUGCAAAGAACUCACGGUGGACAGAAGGGCUUAUAUCUGCCUCCAAAGCUGUUGGCUGGGGAGCUACCAUCAUGGUGGAUGCUGCUGAUCUCGUGGUCCAAGGCAAAGGGAAGUUUGAGGAACUGAUGGUGUGUUCACAUGAGAUUGCUGCUAGCACAGCCCAGCUUGUGGCUGCAUCCAAGGUUAAAGCUAACAAGGGCAGCCUCAAUCUGACCCAGCUGCAGCAGGCCUCUCGGGGAGUCAACCAGGCCACAGCGGCUGUGGUGGCCUCAACCAUCUCCGGCAAAUCUCAGAUUGAGGAGACAGACAGUAUGGACUUCUCAAGCAUGACCCUGACCCAGAUUAAGCGCCAGGAGAUGGAUUCUCAGGUCAGGGUGCUGGAGCUGGAAAAUGACCUGCAGAAGGAGCGUCAAAAACUAGGAGAGCUUCGUAAGAAACACUACGAGCUGGCUGGUGUUGCUGAAGGCUGGGAAGAAGGGACAGAAGCAUCACCUCCUACUGCUCAAGAAGCAAUCCCUGAAAAAGAGUAGAGCCAAGCCAACACCCCUGUUAACCUUCUGUUUGUGACGCUCCCCACCAUGGCAUACCAAGGUCCCUGCAGACCUCUCUAUUGACAAACGCUGAAGCCCAUCAUGCCUGUCAUGACACCACCUCUGUGUAAAUGCAUGAUGAAUUCUUCCCUUAUGUCCCUGAUGUACAGGCAGGCCAGGGUUGGCCAUGAGCAAGCUCAGGUCCACAGAAAAACAGCGACAUGGCCAACCUAUCUUGCCUAAUAUCCACGUCCUCACUAGUCACAUCCUUCCUAGAGAGGCUCCUUGUCAUUGGGAGCUUGGAGAGGGGACAUCUUACACCUGUUCUUUUCCCCUUUCCAUAGUCUUUUGCAUUUUGUCAUUUGCACAAACUUUGAGCAUCUGAACUCCGCUGGAUUCCAAACCAGACUGCCAUCUGAAUCCAGUCAGACUGGGAACGAAUGGUCUGACGGAGCAUGCCAAAGCAAUGGCUCUCCCUCCACACUACACUUUUGGCAUUUCCAUGGAUCCCCUCCUGCUUAUUAUUGGGUAGUUAUUUGGGUCUUUUGGUUUUAUAUUUUGAAGGUUUCACACAGCCAACUUUCCCAAAAAGGGUUCCAACCCCUACCCCACCCUGAGCUCUGAGCCUUCUGAGAGGAAACCCCAACACACACCAUGGUGCGGCUCAGGCUACGCCUUGGUGCUCCAGCUCAGCUCUUCUGUCAGCCAAGUCUGCUCCCCCAGGGUGACAGCUCUCCUCUGAAGUCUGAAGCAGAGCUAGUGCCUUUAUUUUCUGACCCUGGGUGCCAUCCCGAGGCCUCUGUCCACCUUCACAAGCCAAGAUGCCAGGGGCCCAGCUGUUCAGGGGACAUUUUUCUUAAGAGCUCAUGUGACCAGGUUUACCACCCCAUCACAUGCUGGAAUGGGGCUGAUGUGAACAGCAACACUACAUCCCCAGAACAAACUUCCUGUGUCAUGUCACGUGGGCCACCUUCUGUCAAACCUAGGCAAGGCCCUAGGAGGGACAAACAUAAAGGACCUGGAAGUGGUUCCUGUUCUAACCACCUGCUUCUGCAUCCUACUGAACCAGAAAAAGAUGGUUGCCUGUGCCACUUGUUCAACAGACCCACUUGCUUCCAUCAGGAAGAGAACUCGGCUCGGGGUAGGACUCUUCAUAUUUAUUACUAACAAUCUUCAUGCAACAUCUGCCCCAGAGAUGCUUGGAGCAGUCAUGACUGAGGGUGUCUGGUAAGGCUUGCCCUCUGCCAUCAGUCUUCACAGGCCACAGAUAAGACUAAAGAGCCAUCGCUGGUCAUUUCUGGGCUUGGAGUCCAAAACAGGCAGGUUCCUUGACGCAUUGCAGAGCAGGGAAAAGGAGAAAGGGGGCCACUGGCUAUGACACCAUCCCAUCACUACCCGCUCUUGCUCCCACGACAACAGGAUGGGGACAGAAGGCAUCCUGCCUAGAUACAAGCAGCCGGACAGCACUUUGCCACUCUCAAAUGUACCGCUGAAUUAAGUGACCUUGUGAUCUUUAGGAUGGGGCAGGUAGAUGGUGUCUUCCUCCUUUAUCUGUAACUCUUAGGUGGCAGCCAGCAAGCACUUCCUUGAAUCUGUCCCCAGUGGGGCAUGUCUCGGCUUUGCUGGGUGAUGGGCUGUGAGACUAAUUAAUGUUUGAUCACUGUGAAUCAACCCCCUUCUUCUUCCUGCUCCACCCCUCCCACUCUGUCCCCCAGUAUCUUCUAAGCUGGCACUCCAAAACCUCCCAGCAACCCAGAUGUCUGCUGAGACAUAUGACCUCUACAUUGGGCUAAAGGAGGUUCCUGUAGUAGAAACGGCCCAUUCUAGUGCCAGGAGAAUGUUUCUCUGCUUAGCACUUCUUGAGUCCAAGGACCAGAACAAACAGUGUGUGGCAUUGCUGGCUCAUUUGUGCCAAUCAGGCCAAUCCAUGUGCUCACCUGAGGUCAGCUUUUCCAAGGUUGUCUAUUAAACAUAGUUUGUCUUUGCUUCUAGCGUUUACCCAUUCACACUCCUCUGUCCCAGCAGGAGGAUAUCAAAUGCACAGCAAUAGAGCAGGGCUCUCUGAAUGAAUAACACAUCUGUCUGAAAAGCCAGUCAUUUUUCAAAUUCUAUUAAUCUCUUCCUGAGUAGCAAAACAGUCAAGAGCCCCAGCACAAGGUAGGUCAACAGCACAAGGUUCCUACCUGCUCAGUGUUGUAUCAGAACUUUUUAGUGUGUAACUCAAGUCAGAAACUGCCUUUCUCUAGCCAGGUUUGGUAAUGCAUACCUGUAAUCUUGGCGUUCGGGAGGCUGAGGCAGGAAGAUCCUGAAUUUAAAGGCAACCUGUGCUACAUACUUUUCUCACAAAACACUAAGUGUAAUUAGAUUAUAUAUGUGUGUAUUAUAGACUAUAACUUUUUGUGUUUUUGAGAUGGGCUUUCACUGUUCUGGAACUUGCCCUGUAGACCAGGCUGGCCUCUGCCUCCUAAAUGCUGGGAUUAAAGAUGUGUGCCUCUACCACCCGGCUUAUAUAUAACUGUUUCUGAAGACAGGGUCUUACUAUAUAGCCCUGGCUGACCUGAAACCAGAUAGGGAUACCUCAUUGUCCUUGAACUCACAGAGAUCUCCUUUCCUCUGCCUCCCAAGUGUUGGGGUUAAAGGUGUGAGCCGUCUCACUUAGCCUACACUGUAAUCUGUUGGCACUGCUGCUACCUAAACAUUAGUCUUUAACCCGGUGGCUGGACAAACCAGAAUCUGAAAAUUCUUAGAGCUCAAAAGGAACUUCACAGCUUUUUAAACCCUUCCUGGGGCUCCUUAGACUGAGGUCUGCUGCAUGAGUGUCAACAGAUCCUCGGGACAGGGAGCUGGUGGUCCAGAGAGAUAGCUCAGCAGUUAAGAGUGUGUCCUUCUCACAGAGGACCCCACACCAUGUGGCUCACAACCACCUUUAACUCCAGCUCCAAGGGGUCUGACACCCUCUACCAGUGGCAUGCACUCAUACAGAUGCAUGCAUGCAUGUACAUCUGAGUAAAAAUAACUCAAAAAUAUGUUUUCAAGACAGAAAACUGGCAAAAUAAUGGCUUAGGUGGGGUGAAAAAGACACUUGGAUCCAGGUGCAUUCUCAUAUUUAACUUGGUAUUGCAGCUUUCUAGUACCUCGAGAUUAAGGGUAUGUGUUAUGUAAAGUUCAUAAUUGAGCAAAGAAUUUAAAUGACUGUAACAGGCUUGUCAGCACAUGCCUACAAUCCCAGCACUUGGCAUUCUGAGGCAGGGGGAUCAUGGGUUCAGGUCUAGCCUGGUCUAUAUACUGAGACCUUAUCUCAAAAAAGCCAAAAAUUAAAUUAAGACUAUAACUUCAAUGGCUCAUUGACUGUACUGCCCACAGCACUGUUCCUAGAAUCUGACAUGUAUAUGGGCCCUUAACCCUGUAACUGGGAGAACCAAAGUCCUGUCCCACAAUGGGUGUAGCUGAUGAGUCAGACAUCAGGCUUAAUACUAGGUAACUUGAGGUUACAAGUAAUUAUCAUUCUGGUCACAUUAGUCUGCUAUGACCUCUCUCAUCUUAGAAGGAAUCAGUUCUCAUCUUGUGUCUGGGGGAAGCUUCUACUUCUUGCUUAGUGGCUUGGUUGUAGAAAGGUCUCCAGCAUCAUUUAACCCUAAUUUUUUUUUUUUGGGGGGGGGGGGUGUUGGGGUGAUUCAAGACAGGGUUUCUCUGUGCAUACCUGGCUGUCCUUGAACUCACAGAGAUCUGCCUGCCUCCUAACUUCUGGGACUAAAGGUGUGGGCUGCCACUACCCAAUUUAACCCUAACUUUUCAUACCCGGCAAAUGUGCUACUCUCUAUUGCCUUUCCAUAUCUCUGGGAACUUUGCUAGAAAAGCAAGUCUUUGGGUCCAACACCGACCUGCCAAUAAGAGUGGCCUUGCCUUCUUGGAUCAUCCUCCCACCAGAAUGAGCUUUGCCCACUCUCCUGUUGUUGGAGUCUCCACAUUGACCUUCCAACUGGAGCAGCUUUGCCCUCUCUCCACUAUCUUGGAUCCUCCAUCUUGGCCUUCCAAAUAGAGUGGCUUUGCCCUCUCUCCACCUCUCGGGUUCUCAGAGACCACACUGUCAGAUUGGAAACUCACCGAAGCACUUGGCAGCCAUCAGCAGAAAUCCAGAACAGCCACUUACCACCCUUGUCCCUCGAGUCCAGCCCAAACACUGGACUGUCCUCUCCUAGGAGCCAAAGCCAGAAGUGGUUGAUUAGAUGUGACUGGAUCCAGUUCUGAGCAUAUAGAUCCUUCCAGACAUGUUUUCAGGUGACCCUCAACUACCUCAGGUUUGAAGACCCUAAGUUAAACUGAUUAGCAUUCUAGGGACAAACCGAGGAACCCCAUUAAAUCUUGGUGAUAACCUAAUGUCUCAAGCUUAUAACAGACUCUCAAAUGUUCAGGGAUGGGGUUGGUCUUUGUUUGUUUAUGCCCCCCUUCUGUUUUUAACCUUUUUCGCAGUUUUCCAUUAGAAUAGUCCCUAUAAGUGAAUCUCACUUUUCACUUCGUGCCUACCUUCCCAGGGCAGGUGCCACCGGCUCUUGUUUCUCCCAACAGUACUUUUAUUAUGGAAUGAAGACCUUUCUUUGUAUAAUGCAUUACAUCUGUGUUUUCAACUUUUCCAAUAAAUAUGUCAGCCUGGCCAUGGAGAACAGUGAUGACAAAGGGCCAAUAGAGUGGCCUUGAGGAUUGGG